GAACAAACAACAUUUCCUAAAUUCUAAAUGGAAGAGUCAUGGGAGAAUUGGGAUCUUCAUAUGGAAAUGGAUUGUCACGACGAUUUCUUUGAAGAGUGUCACCCUGAAGAUGAUGAAUUCUUCAAAGACAUCAUCCUUCAGCAGCCAGCAGCUUUAUCAUCUGAAAGUGAAAGUGAUAACUCCUUUCAUGAUUCAUCCAAUAUUGUCCAAAAUAAUUCCGAUAUCCCCACGGUGGUCGUUGCAGCCGCAGACGGCGGUGUUAUAUCCCCUCCUCAUGGGAACAUGGUCAAAAGUAACAGCUCCAACUCCAUUAUAGUGUCUCAACAAGGUUCCAAAAGGCCUCGUCGCUCGUUGUCUCCAAGGACAUACAUUUUAUCUUUUGAUAACUCAACAAUGACACCAUCUACCCCUGAACCUUGCUUCAAUAAUAACCAAUUAUUGGGCACUGAGGGAACAACUUUGCCCUCAAAACGGACCCUCAAAAGCCAAAAACCUGAACCAAAACAAGGAGCAAUAAAGAGAGCUAGAAGCUCUUCUCAGACUACCGAUCACAUAAUGGCAGAGAGAAAAAGGAGACAGGAACUCACAGAGAGGUUCAUAGCACUUUCAGCUACAAUUCCCAGCUUGAACAAGACGGACAAGGCUUCUGUGCUUCGAGCAGCUAUUGAUUAUGUGAAACAACUUCAAGAACGUGUAGAGGAACUAGAAAUACAAGACAAUAAUAAGAGGGGUGUAGAGUCAGUGAUAUUCAUCAAGAAACCCGAUAUACGAGGAAAUGAAGACAACAACAACUACAGUGAAACAAGUACUUCUGAUUAUUGUAACAUCCUCCCUGAGAUUGAAGCAAGAAUCUUGGGGAAGGAGGUGCUCAUUGAGAUUCACUGUGAGAAAGAAAAUGGCAUUGAGCUCAAAAUACUGGACCACCUUGAAAAUCUUGAUCUCUGUGUCACCGGUAGCAAUGCCUUGCCAUUUGGGAAUUUCUCUCUUUACAUGACUAUUAUCACUCAGAUGGGUGAGGAGUACAAGAUGACAGUGAAUGAUCUAGUAAAAAACCUUAGACAAAUGCUCUUGAAGUCACCAAUGUCCUGCGACAGUGAUCCGUACUAG